ACGUAGCAUAAUACUAGAAUGUGAAGUGGGUUGCUUGAUAGAAUCUGGAUGGACGACGACUAGUUCGGCCAGCGUCCCAAAACCAACAACAUUUUAUUAUUACCGGAGUCGACGAAUGUGGAAUCGAUCAUCAUGUUUUUCGCAACUGUGUGUCGUCGGAGGCCCAAAGAUAAAAAGCGUGGGUGUAUUAGGAAUCCUGCGAGGCGGUGGCUCAGAUCUCACGCAGACCAUCCAUCAUUGGGCGGGUGUCUUUGGUGAUCUUCCAUGUCGAGAUGGGAAGGGAAGCGAAGCAACUUUGAGAAGCAAACCCCAUCCCAGCGUAGUCAACAGCUUUUGUUUUGUUUUGUUUUCUUUUCUUUUCUUUUCUUGGCACCCCCCACCACAUGAUAAAAAUGAAGGUCGAUUCUCACCACAUUUCGAGUCAUGCUGUGUUUGACUCCCAAUGGCUGAAGAAGAAUGCGUGCAAAUGAGCCAAACACCACACCAAGUAAACGCACCGAAUGGGGGGCGUGAGAAACGCACCGUCUCCAACUCUCGCCUAACUCCACGCCGACUUCCCCACUGCUCUUUCUUCUCUCCUUCUCGCCCCCCGCACACAAAUCACAGCAGCACUAAACCAUCUCUGAUCCCUGUCGAUGGCCUUCCCCUCCUCCUUCCACCGCCCCAAGAAGCCCCACUCCAACAUGCUUUCGCUCAUCCCCAGCUUUCACAUCAUUCUCCUCUUUCUCCUCACCCUCUCUGCCGUGGCCAUCCUCUUCCUCCACUCCCCGUCCCUCUCCCCUUGCUCCACUGCCGCCGCCUCCUCUUCCUCUAGGAGAGCAUUCUCCGGCGACCUCCGCCACGUGGACUUCUCCUGGAACAGCCUCAGGCUCACGUCCGACCGUCCCCCUCCGACCGUCCUGAGAAUCGCCGUCUUCUCCCGCAAAUGGCCCGUGGCCACCGCGCCCGGGGGCAUGGAGCGCCAUGCCCUCACCCUCCACUCCGCUAUCGCCCGCCGCGGGCAUCGCGUGCACGUCUUUACCUCCGCUCCCUCGUCCGGCGAGCGUCUGCCGGAAGGCGGAGAGGAAGAGGAGGAGCCCGGCCGCCCGCGGCUCCACUUCUUGUCCGACGCCCGCUGGCGGUGCGACGAAGCGUGGGGGCUGUACGAGGCGGAGGCGGCGCGGGGCGGCCCGUUCGACGUGGUCCACUCGGAGAGCGUGGCGCUGUUCCACCGCUGGGCCCGCGACGUGCCCAACCUGGUCGUGUCCUGGCACGGCAUCUCCUUGGAGGCCCUGCACUCCGGCAUCUACCAGGACCUGGCCCGCGGUCCCGACGAGCCCAUGACCCCGGCAUUCAACCGCAGCCUGGCGGAGUCCAUCUACAAGGUGCUGAACGAGAUCAGGUUCUUCCGAAGCUACGCCCACCACGUAGCCAUCAGCGACAGCACCGGGGAGAUGCUGCGAGAUGUCUACCAGAUCCCAUCGGGCCGAGUCCAUGUCAUCCUCAACGGCGUCGACGAGGACAAAUUCGCACCCGACACCCGGCUCGGCGACGCGUUCCGGGCGGAAAUCGGACUGCCCGGCGGCGCAGCCUUGGUGAUGGGCGUGGCGGGGCGGCUGGUCAAGGACAAGGGCCAUCCGCUCCUCUUCGAAGCCUUCUCCAAGCUGCUGUCAAGGCACCCGAACGUGUAUCUGGUGGUGGCCGGAUCGGGGCCUUGGGCGCAGCGGUACGCCGAUCUGGGGGUCAACGUCAUCGCGCUCGGCCCGGUGCCACCUUCGAAGCUGAAUGGGUUCUACAACUCGUUGGACGUGUUCUUGAACCCCACCCUGAGGCCGCAGGGGUUGGACUUGACGCUGAUGGAGGCGAUGCAGUGCGGGAAGCCGGUGGUGGCGACGAGGUUCCCGAGCAUCAAGGGGACGAUAGUGGUGGAGGAGGAGUUCGGGUACACGUUUUCGCCCAACGUGGAGGCGUUGCUGGAGGUGUUGGAGAAGGUGGUGGGCGAAGGGAAGGCGAGGUUGGCGCAGAGGGGGAGAGCGUGCGGGGAGUACGCCAAGUCCAUGUUCACCGCCAGCAAGAUGGCCUCCGCGUACGAGAGGUUGUUUCUGUGUAUUAAGAACGAGACAUACUGCAGGUACCCCUUGGCGUUCGAUUAGAUUGAUUCCUUUGUUGCGACUUUAUAUUGCCAAGCAUGCGUGUUUCGAGUUCAA